AUGACAUCUAUAGCUAUAAUUGGCGAAGGUGUAAUUGGUACAUCAACUGCUCUUGCUAUAAGAAGGAUUCGGCCGGAUAUAGACAUCACAGUCUUCCAUGACCGGCCUUUUGAGGAUACAUGCUCAGCUAUGCCAGCUGGCCUAUUCAGAUUUGAUAAUAUAGAUGACAGAGAAGAUGCCAGGGCAACUUUUGAAUGGUACGCUGAUUUGUGUCGUCAAAUUCCUGGCAUUGUAACCGGCGUCAAACUGUUGUCAGGUCACAUUCAGUCUGAUUCUAAAGAAGAGUUGGAUAGACAGGAAGAAGCUUAUGGAGACAUCGUAUAUAAUUUUCGUUUUAUGAGCGACAGGGAAAGGAACAGCUUGUUUCCGGAUCCAUCAAAAUAUGCAAUACAUUUCUCUUCUUUUGCUGCCGAGGGAAAUCGUUACGUACCUUUCCUAAAAGAGCAGUUAGUGAAAAGUGGAGUAAUUUUCAAGCAAAGGAAGAUUGCCAGCGUUGUGGAGCUUGCUGACGAAGGUUUCAAUGUUGUAGUAAAUUGUGCAGGACUGAAUGCUGGUAAGUUGGCUGGAGAUGAUUCUACCGUGUAUCCUAUUCGAGGAGUCGUGUUUCAGGUUGAAGCUCCAUGGCAUAAGCACUUCAACUACCGUGGUCUGGCUACUUUUACCAUUCCAAAAAAUCACAGUGUCGUACUCGGUACGGUAAAGGAAUCGAGUCGCUUCGAUACAUUAAUCACGGAAGAGGACAGACGCGACAUUUGGCAACGCUAUGAAAAGCUACAUCCUCCUAUGAAAGGUGCAAAAGUGCUUGGUGAAUGGUGCCAUUUACGGCCCGCACGCCCUAGUAUCCGAGUGGAGCGUUUAGAGGGACGAACAAAAGAUGGGAAGCCAUACACAGUUGUGCAUCAUUAUGGUCACGGCGGUCAUGGAUUUACUGUUGGUUGGGGAACUUCACUCCGAGCAGCUGCACUUGUCGAGAAAGCCUUGAAAGAAAAAGCGAAAAUCUAGACAAUCACGAUUGGAAGAAUGCCGAUCAUUAUGGCACUUAUGAGUGGCAUGACUUCUACCUCAUGCAUAGUGCAUAUCUUCAGUGGUAUAAAUACCGCCAUAAUUUUACGGCAAGCACAGCGUUCAAUACCUCAAAUAUAUAUGUCUACUCUUAUCCACCUGUUGAUGUAUAUCCAGUUUUCAAAUUUAUCUUUUUCAAUCAACAUUACCGAAUAAGGCGUUUUUAAUACUUGCUUCUCUUAUUUCUCUGACAAAUAAAC